UUCAGUAAUUACACAUCAGUUGCAAGGUGCGGCAAGCAGUUGGAUGGGAGAUCAUAGUGAUGUCAGGACAGGGAGGACUUACUGCAGGAGAUAAGGCCAUCUAAUGGAGAUGAAAUGAAUCGGUAUUUAAAAGGUCUUUUUUAGUUAAGGCAGUUAGCUGGCAGCAGGCUGUGCUCAGUAGUCAAGGACAGUAGAGAAAUACAGUCUGUGAACUAUCCAAAGGUUGUUCCUUCACAUUUUUUACUUGUGUUUUUACCUGAAUUGGGACAAAACCAGUUCCAAGCUCUGCUCACUGGUUCAAGCUUGAAGCGUUCAGGAGGUCAAAGGUCGUGUGUGUCAUGACCCCACGGGAGCAGCUGAGGAAGAUGACAGCGCUGGGAGAGCAGGGGGCUAUGGAUGAGAAGCACUGGUACCGUCUGGUCAAUGGCAUGUCAGCUGGAGAGCUGAGGCAGAGGCAAGAGAUGAUAAUGAGGAACCAGAUGGCCAUGGCUCCACAGAUCCUCACCCAGGGGCAGCAGAGGUUACAGGGGGUCCCAACGCAGUUCGAACCUCGCUUCAUGGAGAGAGAGCUGGUUCCCCCCUCCGAGAUGGUAGCUUCCGAGGCCAGACAGAUGCACAUGGGACCUCACCUGGGUCCACCUCUACCUCCCCAUGCCAAUGUCCUGCCUGGGAGAGCUUUUCCUGGAGCAGCUGGCUACGGCUUCUUGCCCUCGGAGCCCAUGGAAACAGUUGCCCGGCGACAGGAGUUCAUUCACAAGCAAAAUAUAGCCAGAAUGGAGAUGAAUGCCAUCCUGCACCAGAAAGAGAUGGAGAAUGCCCACCAGAAGGGACUUAUGGGACUCGAUAAUCACAUGUCUUACCCUUCCAACCCCAUGGCAUUUAGAGGUCGUCAGCGCAUGCCAGAUGGCCAAGAUGUCUUCGUCCACCGUCCCACCUUGGAUGAACUGCACUCCAACAGCAUCCUCAUGUCAGCCAGCCCUUACCCACCAAUCAGCACGCUGCACAGAGAGAGGGGACGCAGGGCUGGUAGGAGGCCAACUGCUCACAAGAGCACAGAGAGUCAUGUGUCCAACCUGAAGGGCCAUACUGAAGAUAAAAGUGUAGAGCAGAGCCCAGGAGCCACAUCAGGGGAAGAGAAAGAGGUGGAGGCUAAGGGGGACAUGGGAGAGGAGUGUCCCACUAGCAAGACGCACCAUCAAGCAAAAAUAGACUCUGAACUUGCCACAGGAAGCCGGAAGAACUACAAAGAUGGGGACCCAGGCCUGCGUAAAACCUGUGUGAAUAGUCAAGAUGGGUCAGAUGUGGCCAACAGCGGUGAAAAUGAUAAAGACAUAUCGAGUCAAUGUUCAGCUUUUCAGGAGAAAUUCAUGUAUCCCUCUGCUGGUGGAGCGCUCACAGGCAUGCCUUACAUGUUCCCAGUUCCUGGAAAUGGUUUCCUUCCACCUGGUCCACCCAAUCUCUUUCUUAAUGGUGAUGAGGUGCCCGAAGACAUAAGGAAGUGGACAGUGAAUGAUGUUUACAACUUUAUCAACAGUAUACCCACAUGUUCAGAAUAUGCUCAGACGUUCAAGGAUCACAUGAUUGACGGGGAGACGCUGCCCCUCCUGUCAGAGGAGCAUCUACUGGACACACUGGGGCUCAAACUGGGACCAGCUCUUAAGAUCCGCUCACAGGUGUCCAGGCGUCUGGGCAACAUGUUGUACAUGAGGAAUCUGCCGCUCUCCACUUCCACCAUGCAGGCGACUCCAGAGAAGCCCGCCGACCACUCAUCAGAGAUCGGCUCCCCUGUUAACUGCAACAGUGAGGAGAUGAUGGCGAGUCCAAGAGACCCUGAUGUCCUCAAAUCUACAGAACACCUGCACGAGACAGAAAACAAUUCCCCUCCAUCUGCCAGCAGUGAGACAGCCUGAUCAGAACUGAUAAAGUGGAAAGAUGCAAACCUAACCAGGCCCAGCCUGCCCUGCACUCACAGUAAAGCAUGGCUCUGAACCACCAAAGUGGUGGAUUUGUUUACAUUAUGAUUAACUGAAUUGAAGAGGCUUUUUUUUUUUACAAUUUGCUUCCUGGGUGCAUGUUUAAUGCAUAGUAUAACUAGGCCCAGGAGUCUGCUGAAUAUUUGUAUUUUACAUAAUAUGUACAUAUUUUUUAAUUAGUGGAGUGAAACUGAUGUAUGAGUUUUGAGACCAUAAGAAGGUCCAAUAUAAUUUUUAUUCUUUUUUAUAUAAUUACAUACAUCUACAUGUCCAGACACGCACACAUGUAGCUUUAAACUUACUUAUUUUUUUAAUAUGCUAAGGGUAAUUUCUCCAGUAGGCCGUCAUGAGGACCAUAGAAAUAAUAUAUGAACGGUUUUAUAAUCGAACAAUGAAAUAUCUAAGCAAGAUGUUUGGAUGUUUAAUACCUUUUUCGUCUGUUGGAUUACAAUAAAAGUGUUUUUCUACAUAUAA